AACGCAAUAGUAGAUAAGACGAUGACGACGAGAAAAAGACAAAGAGGUAGAGAGAAUGAGAUAGGGAAAGCAAAAGUGAAUGAUCACUAUAAACCGUACUGCCUAAUUGCUGUGUUGUUUGUUGCUAGCGAGUGUUAAAACACCAUGUUCGGGUGUAAAUCACACAAUUGACAAAUAGAACUAAAAUAAAGUUUGUGUGAACGUCAAAGUAGCAUGAUAGUGUGGCACCGCUGCUACCGACAACGGUGUGCGCUCUAGAAAUGUGCCACAGAGAGAGGGAAGAAGAAGAGCGAUAGAGCGCAUUAGUUUUUAUCUACGAAGGACGAUUUAUGUGUACGCAAUAUGCUCGAGCGCCACCAGCAACAGUGGCAGCAAGCAAUUCUACCGCGGCAAUAAAUUGGAAUAUUUUAAUUUUGAAUUGAGUUACACCGGCACCGCAUCGUUGUCGCUGCUUCAGCAGAAAUGCUGAAUCGACUUUCAUUUUCAUCAUUAAUCAAUUUUUGUCCCUUUAAUAUGAACGAUUUCCAUUUUAAUGCCGCACAAUUUUUAUUCAGAUACUCCCAACAAAGACGGAUUUGUAACAUUUGAACUUCCAGUGUUUGGCCAGACAAAAUUAGUGUGCGAGUGAUAUUUUUUUUUUAUUUGCAUAAAAAAAACAAGAAAGAUAGAAGAAGCAACCAAUCAAUCCCAAACACAAAAAAAACGAAAACGAAAUGCUACCGCUACCUCUUCGAUGAACACGACAAUUUGUAUCGUUUGUUAUCCGCAUAAAGACGAGAACGAGUGUGUGAGAGAGAGCGUUUUUUUUUGCAUAAGAUUAACAGAACCGAAAGAGAAGUUACGAAUUAAUUUGUUUUUUUUUCCUGUGUGCGCACGCUGCGAUAACAUUUUUUUUUUCGGUUAAGUUUGAAACGUGCGUGAUAAGAAAAAAGUGUGUGUUCAUUUCAUCUCAAUUAAAGAAGAAGAAGGAAAAUCAUCAUCUCAUUGUUUGCUGCAUUGUGAUAAAAAGGAAAACGAGUUUCAAGGCGUAUAGAAGACGUGGAAAAAUAAACAGAUACACCAAAUUUCGAAUAUACAAAAAUAGAAGAAUAGAGUAAUAACGAAACGAACGCCGAAAAGGGAGUAAAAAUUCAAUUAGCACACUCUCUACCACAUGGGAAAAGGAACGAAGAAAAAGACUGUGUGGCGUACAUUUUCAUUUGAAAAUGGCUAUACAAAUGACACAAACGAUGCUGAUACCAACGGACUCACUGCAUCACAUCACCAGAAAAACGGUCUGGAUAACGAUGUGUCCAGCCGAUCGUCGAUCAGUAACGGAAAGAUCGUGGCAAAUUGGCGAACGGAACGUCGGUACAGCAGCAGUGGCGGUGAUGAUGAAAAUGAUGGCGAGCCAAAGUAUCACAUCGAUUCAAAUGGCAAUGUGAACGGUUGCACGGAGAAUGGUCAUCGGGCAUUUUAUAAGCGAACACCAUUAGCCGAUAAAUAUCCGUUGCGAGGAAAUGGAUUACGAAAAGCGCCUUCACAUUUCCAAGAGAAUGGAAACAAAACCGAUUUUCAUGAUAUUCAUGACAAUCAAGCGAUGAUGAAAUCAAGUCAAUUUCGAUCGAGUCGUUUGACAAAAGUGCCGGUGACGGACUCACGUCAUGCCAGCCACAAGAAAUGGGAUGGUCGAAACGGUAACUAUAAUUCAAACGGCAUUUUAAGCAAUUAUAGUCGUGGCUUUCGCAAAUCACAUUACGCACAUUCGGAUCAUCAUUCAGCUAAUGAAAUUCAUACCGAUGAGCAUUUUAACGAAAAUGGUUUAGCGAAAAAUGCACGCAAUGCUGAUGACAGUGAUAAAUGUCAAGAUAAAGUGAAUGGUGGCAUCAACUCGGCACAACAACGACCAGAUCAACAUCAACGCAGUCUGCAGCUGAAUAAGUUCAAUGAAGACGAAUAUACUCGAAUAUCGACACCGCGCUCGGAAGUUUUAUUUAAAAAGGGCUAUUUAAUGCGUGACAAAAAGUAUGUCGGACCAACCAAUACGAUGUCAACGACUGCAACCACAUCGUCCAAUGAUUCGGGAUCGGUGAGCGUUGUAUCGAACGAGGAGACCGCAUCGUAUUACAGUAUUCAAUCAAUGAGUCCCGACAAUUCAACCUAUCUCAACGGCAACAACUCCAGCGACAGCACCUCAGCCACAUAUCCAAACGAUGGAUUUGAACACGACUUAUCACUCAUCUAUUCAUCCGGAUUCUACGACAAUAACGGCUAUUUUUAUGUUAACCCCUAUAUUCACAAUAACUUUGACCAAUUCAAUGGUCCAACUAUUCUGAUGCCUUAUGGAACUGCUCCAAACACAAAAGAUGUUGAUGACUACGAUGCUGAUGCUUUCCCUCCGGCUCCGAUGUCACCAGGCACAGGCGAUGCUAAAUCCAUCGAUGAAGAACACGCAAACAAUUACAAUUCAAUCAAUUCCGAAGACAUGUCGAAUAGCUCACUCAGCGAAAAUGUCAGCAUUAACAAUGAUCUAGAUACGCCAAUGAACCCAUUAACACCGCCACCAUCUCCGCUAUCACCAAAUGAAAAGCCCAUCGCCCGUUCCGAAGCACCCGAAAGUGACAAACCGACGGACGAGACUUCAAUAGAAACUAAAAUCGAAAACGAAACCGAUACUCAAAUCGAAACACAAGACGGUCAAAAGAUCACUGAAACGCUGUCUGAUGAACAAGAUGAACUGCCUGAAGCGGAGGGAGAUGCGGUUGUGUCCGACAAUUAUUCGAUGCCAUAUUUUUCACCGUUCAUUUUUGUUCCACCAAUCCCGUUUGUACCAGAUGCUCGUAUGGCUGGUUCGAGACGCGGAAAAUUCCGUCACCAUACAAGCAAUCAUUUUGGCCGACCAAAGAGAAACAAUCGCUUUUCACAUUUUUACAACAAAGUGUAUAUACCAACUAAUUGGAGUGAGGCACCUGAUGAAAUGUCACAGAAUAAUACGAAUGAAGAAGAGGUGGUUGAACCGAAAUUGGGUGAGGAGAAUGCUUUCGAAAAUGCACCCACUCCGACUAUAGAACAAUGUGAUACAAUCUUAAAAACUAGCAAAUUGAACUUAAAUGUUUCCGAAUUUAUACCGCAAAGUAAGCGAAUGAUAUUUGUGCCACUCCCGAUUACACCAUCGCCACCGGCUUCAGUUUAUUUUGUACCGAUUCCAUCCACCGAAAGCACAUUGAAUGUGAACGUUCCUGAAUUCCUACCGAAAAAUUAUAAGCCUGUGAAUGCAGAAGGGGACGAUGGUGAGAUUGGUGAUGAAGCGCCAGUUUCAGUGGCGCCGCCGUCAAAAAUAACGACGACGACGACGACAACGACGGCAAUGACCGCCAACAUCACCACAAAAAUGACGACAAUUACAAACGAAUCAGCUAAAAACCAGAACGAAACGACGAAUAUUCAUACAAAUGGCUUAAAUACAGACACUAAGUGUGCUGCGCAACCAGCAGCAACACUAGAUAAUCAGCAUGUAACAAAUGGUGUGCACACAAUCGCAAGCAAUGCCACGAAAAACGAAAAGAACAACAACAACCACCACCACAAAAGUCAACCUGAUUAUGUCGCAGCGAUAAAGCAAAACGGAGUUACUGUAUCCAUUAUGAGUGAUUUACUUAAAACAAAUAGCGAUAAUCUUAAUUUGGACGCAUGUAGUUUUAACAAUGAAAAUAGUCAUACAAAUUUAAAGGCUGAUUUAGGCAAUAAGAAAAUUACAAAUAAUAUCUCUAAGAACAAAGUUUAUAAAAAUGAUAACUAUUGUAAUGAUAGUGGUAGUAGUAAGAGCACUAAAAUAAUGAAUAGCAAUAAAAAUGCAAAAGCUAGGCAUGCAUAUCCCAAGACAAAAGAGACUCCACAAGAUAAACCAUGCGAUAGUCUGACGACGACGACGAAGACAUCAACGGCGGCAGCAGUGGCCAGCAAAAGUAGUGAUCAAUUAGGCCGUGAUGCUGGUGUUGAAAGUAGUCCAAAAUUGACCGAUGAUGGAAAAGUGAGCGAGAAAAUGAUUGAAAAGGCGGGAUUGACCUAUGCUCAAAUGGUGGUGCCAACAAAAUUGACUGACGUUAAAACCACUCCAGAAAUGACUGAUGCUAAAGUUGCGCACGAACCCAAAGCGGCGACUUCAGUGAAAGUAGAACUGGAGUGUUCAAAACUGUCAAAAUCAUCGAUGAAAAAUGGCAAACAUCCACAACAGCAUAAUCGUAAGAGCCAUGCGAACAAAAAGAAACCCGUACCAGCGAAUCGAAACGAGCGGCCGAAACCAAUCGAAGGUCCGGUUGAAUGGUAUACGGUUGGAGCAAAGGGUAAAAAGCAUGUUGCACCCAAUGGCAGUACGGUUGCCGAAAUUGCAUUUGAAAAUGAGUCAAAAGUGGAAAGAGUCAAUAAAAUUGCCGAAGAAUUGCAGUUGGACAUCAAAAAAGAUGCCGAUUUGGCGAUGGACAUUAUGGAUUCAUUGACCAUUAGCGAGGAGAGGGCCGAUGAAGAUGUGACUGUGAAAGCACCACGGAAGAAGAAAACCACGGUAAAACCCAAGAAAAAGUUAACAAAAGACAAAGUUCACAAGGAACAAAAACGUCGUGCCACAUUUGAUAUCAUUGAACCGAAUUUCGAAAGUCCAAAGAACGAAUCACAAUCAACGGAAGAAACAACAACUGCCCAAGAGGAAGAGAUUGCUUCGGAACACAAUGUAGAUAGUGUUGAGCCAGAUGAAAAAGACGCAACCGAAUCAUCGCUCGAUAGUUUUGUAUUUGAUCCAAAUGUUUUUGCUACACCGUGCAAUUUGCAAAUAGAUUCGUUACAACGAUCGGCCGGUGGAAAACUGGGCAAUUCAUUGCGAUUAUCCACCGGAAAACCGGUACGAAAUUUAAUCAAUACAUUUGAUAUUUAUCAACAAGAUUUUACAUCCGUUGAAAAUCAACAGCUAAAACAAGAAGAAGAAAUGGUGAUAAAAAUUCUGCAACAACUCAAUAAAUCCUUCGAUGGCAAAGACACACCGCAAAAGGAUGAUAAAUUGGUUGAAAUUGUUCCGGAUGUAUUGCACGUUGAGACCGAAUCGAUGACGGUGCAUCAAGACACAAUGGCGGCCAGGGAGAAUAGCGUCGAACGAUUUGCCAUCAAUGCAAAGCCAUAUCAAAAUGUUUACUCGUCGAACCAUUUUUUAGAGCAUUUUUUUGGCGAUAGGAACGACAAAUGUGACCAAUUCGUUAUUUCUACAGACCUAUCGUCAAGCGAUCAAUCCUAUGUAGAAGAAUAUGUUGAUGAUGAUAUGCCCGCAAAUUUAAAUACGUAUCCAGCCAUUGGCAAUGAAGAAGAAUCAAUUGCUAAUGAAAACGGUCAAACGGAAAUCGAGCAGAAAUUGCAUGCAAAUGGAUUUGAAUGUGAAGGAAAAUCGAUUGAACGUGAAAUUGAGAGCGCAAGUGAAUCGAUUACGGAUGACAUUGAAAAAAAUGAAUGUGAAGAGCACGCAUAUGAAAACGAAACGGCAGAACAAUCAAUUCAAAAUGGCAUUGAACGCAAUGAUGAAUGUAUUGAAAUUCAGCCGGAGUCGAUCAAAAGCGAAACUGGAGAAGAAAAUGAACUGAAUCAAAUUGAAAUUAAGUCACAAAGCGAAAUCGAACAAAAUAUUGACGAGUCAAAGGAGGACCUUUUGAAUAUUACCAAGGCACUUGAACAAAUAUUACAACGACGGUCGGAAGUUGAAUCAAAGGUUGAAGAAAAAUUGCAACAUGGAACUCAAGAAGCAGCUAGCGUGGUCCAAAGUCAAGAGUCUCAAAAAUUGGAACAAAAAAAAAUGGAAGCUCAAAAGUCAGAUGAGGAAAUUGAGAAGUUAGACGUAAGCAUUGGAUCGCAACAAACAGUUGAAGACAAUGAAAAUGUGCCCGAAGUUCAAAUCGAAAAGAAAUUUGACGGGGAACAUUUGACUGAAACACAAUCCGACACCAUCGACGUACUUGAACAAAAGACAGAAACACAAGUAUUUGAAGUCGCUGAAAAUGAAGAUUCAAUAAAACCAAUCGAAGACACGUCAACUGAAUCGAUCACCAUGAGUAAAGUAAAUGUACCGAGUGAGGAAUUGAAUGGAGACCCUGCUCAAUCGUUCGGCAACAAAUCGACCGAAUCGAAUUGCAAUGAGCCCGUUUGUCAUGAUCGAGAAUCAGUCAGCUUUGAAGAAAUUCAAAAUGAAGCGAAUGAAUCGAUCUACGACAAUCAAAUCGAACUGAACCUUCAUGAAACAGUAUCAGUUUCCCGUGAAAUGGAAUCAAUCUCUCCCGCAACCGUUCUAUCUUGUCAUGAACAAACUGAAUCCGUUUGCGAUGAAUCAAUAAAAUUGAUUUGUGAAGAGCCUCAACCAGUCUGCGAGAAGUUCCAGAAAUCUGUGGCGUCGGUACAAAUUGAAAUUCAGCCAGCAACCGAUGAAUGUGCAAAUGAACCAAAAGACAAUGCAAUGCUCGAAAUCGAGACAGAGCCAAUCUCGCUGGAAACCGAAACCAGUUCAAUCGAAACCGAUCCCCAUGAUGUUGCCUCAUCGGUGUCAUGCAAUCAAUCGGUCAAGUCAAACUCGAGCAGUAGCACGCGACCAUGGUUGCGUAUCGUUGACACACACAUAUUGCAACAGCAAAAGAAAAUCCAGCAAACAUUUCCAAUAACGACCGCUGUUUCGAUGUGGUUGAAUCAGGUGCAAAAAGAGAAAACGCCCGAGCCAAUCUUCCGAAUGCCUGGUGACAAUCGAUUUUUCAGCGCCGCCGCCGCCGUUGCCGCUAUCGCAUCGACAAAGUAUAAGAAACAAGACAGCCAAGCGAGCCACAGCAACAGCAGUAUUGAUUUGACAGAGGAUACUGCAAGCGUGAUCAGUGAUAGAUUCCACAUAAAUGACGACGAAGAGGAGGACAUCAUGAAUUUCUGGGAAUCUCCGACACUAAUGACACCACAGUCACCCACACCGCCUCCCAUUUACAAUAGCUUGUACGGCUCUAGCAUAAAUUAUGCAAAUUUAAUAUCGAAUAAAAACGAGCUUCUAUGCAAUAAUAUUAUCGAUUAUGAAGCAGCCAACGGCGAACAAGGUGGGACACAUGAAAAAUCACACAGCAAAAAUGGCUUCAAUCAAAAUAAUACAGCGGAUGCAGCCAAACCUGGCAUUGAUGAAAAAUGCUACCGGCCACCGCCCGAAGUAUGUUGCACCAUAAUGUAGCAUUAAAUCAAGAUGAAAGAGAAACGAAUACAACAACUCAAUCCACCCCUUACAUCCCAUCAUCCCAAUUAGUCGUAGUUGAUCAACUAUUUACAGAAGAAAAAAAAAACGAAAUACAAAACAUUAAAUCAAUUUACAUCAAACGGAAUUGAUCAGAGAAAAGACACACGAGAUAAAAAGAGUCCAAGAUGAAGAGAUCAUUUGUUAUCGGAUUGUUUUCGUUGAUCCACAAAUUAUUAGGUUGUUAAGUGCUGUGCAGGACAUAAGGAAUUAUAGCUAUUUGCUGGGAAUUUUCGCUAUUCCAACACAUUUCUUUUUUUCACACAUACACAACACACCAAAAUGUGUUUGAACUUAUUUUUUGUUUCUUGUUUACAUCCAUUUGACUUGAUUUUUGUUCGGAAAUAAAACAGGAAAAUUGUAUAAUGUUAUUUACAAAACACACACAUACACACACAAAUACACAUUAGAUACACAUUAUAACCGAGAACACGGUCAAGCCAUCACCACCAUUUGUUAUGCACAUUUUUGCAAAAAUCGAAAAAAUACACUUAUUUUUAAUUGUUGAAGGUUAUUGAAACUAAUAUUCAAAAUUAUCUAAAUAAACGUUUAAAAAAAAUAUUCUCUUUUGCCGAAUA